AUGUUCUCUGCUGGAAACAGCGUAUCGGCCUCAGGCCGAGGAUCGUCGACUCCGUUUUUGAAUGAAGAUGCAAGCUACAAAGUUGUCCUCCCGCGUCUACCAACCGGUAACGAUGUGCUGAAUUCCAUUUUUCUUCAUGCGGACUUGAGUGGCAGACCAUACCGUGCUCCUGACUUCCGAGACGCUCUGCUUGAAGUAGUGGAUACUGCAGAUAUUAUAGGUGUAGGACAGUAUCAGAUGAGCCAUGUAUGGAUGGUUACCUGCGCUAGUAGUGCGGCGAAACAUAAACUCGUCGCCUGUGGUGAGCUCCGUGUCAAAGGACUGAAGUGCAUGGUGAUAGAUCCGGAGACUAAAAAUAUCAAGCUCAAAUUACUCUGGCUUCCGCCUCAUCUUGAAGCUCGACGGGUUGAAGAGGCGUUCCAGGCGUACGGUCAGGUGAAGUCUGUCGAGAGAGAGGUGUGGAGAUGCACUGGUAUGGAACAGUGGGUGACGACAAACCGGGAGGUUUCCUUGGUGCUCAAGGAUACUGUCACCGUAAGCUCAAUACCACACAUUAUGUCCAUUUAUGGACACCAGUGCCUGGUACUUAUCCCCGGCAGGCCUCCGCUGUGCCUUCGUUGCAAGCGUGUGGGACAUGUCCGUCGACAAUGCAGAACGCCGAGGUGCUUGCAGUGCCACCGAUUUGGUCACUCGGUGGACGCCUGUGUAUCGACCUAUGCCAAUAAGCUUCGUUCUGGGCAACACAGCGCAGAAGAGCCACAACUGGACCAUCUCAUGGAUGCUACAGAGAUAGUCGAUGCUACCGGAGAAGCCACAGGCGGCAUCAGGGACGAAGAACAGGAGUCUCCAGAGCCAAUGCCGAGCAGCCACAGCAUCCCAAGCGAAGCUACUGGCAUUAACUCGGUUUGCACACAUGACCAAGAAAACCUUAAAGAAAAGCCCCCCGAUGGUGACAAGGAAGAAGAGGCGAUGGACAGCAGUCAAGCGAGGAAGCGUCCGGCACCGUGCAACGAUGAAACAACGGGGAGUGCAGUACAGGCACCCGAGAGUGUGCCUUCUAGUGCUCAACGGGUUCCCUCCCCUGGUGAUGGUGUGCCGCGGCGGUUUUGUCAGCGAAGUAAGGAGAGUGCUAUAAAGAAGUGCAGAGGGAGCAAGACCACAGAUUUACCUGUGGCCAAGGGUGAUGAAGAACAAAAGCUUUAG